AUGAACGGACGAAUGGGACCGGCGGAAAUUUUGGUCCAUCAUCCCGAGAGAGAAAUGGACAAACUGCUGCAGCGGUUAGAAACUGUUGAGGACCGGGUGUCCGCCAUUGAACGAACCAUCACGCAGUUACGUGGAGAUGUGGUCGUGGUUACUGAAGCAGGCAUCCUACAGGAACCUGUUGAGGCUUAG